GCUGACAUGCAGCACAUGCAGAGUCACUUUGAGAGUCAUCAGAAUUAUUUAAGUUAGCAUUAAUCGGAGCAGAAUGGAAAUGAGAGAGAAUAUAUAUGCAAAUUCCGGAAUUAUAGCAGACAACAGAAGAAAUUCAGAUGGCAGUGGACAUUCAUACGAAGACAUAGAAACUCAGAAGACCAGCAACAAAAGGAACUCAGAGAAGGCAGCACAGCAGGGCUGGACAUUUUUUGAGACCAGUAUGUACUUCAUCUCUACUAGAGGGAAGAAGAGCUGGAGUGAGAGCAGACUUGAGAGUGGAAACUUUACUGAAAUACUGAGACGAGAAAAGAUACCUUGGAUUGGUCUGACUGACCGAGACACAGAGGGGGUCUGGAAAUGGGUGGACGGCUCAGCACUGACCACUAAGUUCUGGGGAAGUGAUGAACCCAACAGUAGAGCAGGAGAUGAGGACUGUAUCGUAACUGGCCAUGACGCUGAUCCUGUAAUUAACUGGGCUGAUUAUCCCUGUAAUCAGCGGUUUGUUUGGAUUUGUGAGAAAAGUAUUUUUAACUGAGAGUGUUUUAGAACGAACGGCAGCAAAAGCCAGGAAUAUGAGCAGUUUGUUUGGACCUGUAAGGGAAUAUAGGGGGAAUAUCCUUGUUGGGAAUAUAAACUCGGCAUAUUUGUAUUUAAUUCAUAACUAUCACUGUUUUAAUUACAUUUGACCUGUGUGCUUAUUAUUUUUUCAUGGUUUUUGUAUUAGACAAGUUUAUGACAAAAGCAUUCAAACAACUUUAACAUAUCAAGCUUUAAUGUUUCUGACAGUUCAGUCUGUCUUGGACUUUGGAGUAGAGUCACUCUGAAACUACUAUCGUCAAAAUCAAGGGGCGUUCCCUGCUAGAAGACCACCAUGACUGGUCACCAGUAAAACCAGCAUAUGUCGUGUUUUGUAUUCUGGUAUCCUGGUCAACCAGGAUGACCAUGGUGGGUGACUAGCUGAACCAGCACCAGACCAGCACAGAAUGCAUGCUGGUCUGUGCUGUUCUGUUUCUGCAGGAUAGGCCUGAUGGGGGACUGAAUGUCCUUUCUAACAGCACUUCAAUCAGUUUUCUAGAAAUGUACAGUCGACUCUUUAAUAACUUCAUUUUAAUCUUCUGCUCACACUUAAAUCAU